GCCCCCUCCUCCGCCUCUCUCCCCUCCCCCCCGCCGGUCGGGAUCAGUCAGUGCGAUCCGAAGCGGGGGAGGGGGGGGCGGCGGCCGAACGAUGUGUGAGAACUGCGCAGACCUGGUGGAGGUGUUAAAUGAAAUAUCUGAUAUAGAAGGUGGUGAUGGACUGCAGCUCAGAAAGGAACAUACUCUCAAAAUAUUUGCUUAUAUCAAUUCCUGGACACAGAGGCAAUGUCUGUGCUGCUUCAAGGAAUAUAAGCAUUUGGAGAUUUUUAACCAAGUAGUGUGUGCACUUAUUAACUUAGUGAUUGCCCAGGUUCAAGUGCUCCGGGACCAGCUUUGCAAACAUUGUACUACUAUUAACAUAGAUUCCACGUGGCAAGACGAAAGUAAUCACGCGGAAGAACCACUGAGUAUAGAAAGAGAGUGUAAUGAAGGAAGUACAGAGAGGCAAAAGUCAGUAGAAAAAAAAUCAAACUCUGCAAGAAUUUGUAAUCUGACUGAGGAGGAAUCUUCAAAGAGUUCUGAUUUGUUUAGUUUAUGGACUACAGAAGAGAAGGAAAAACUCUUACUGUGUGUGGCAAAAAUUUUUCAAAUUCAGUUUCCUUUAUAUACUGCUUAUAAGCAUAAUACUCACCCUACUAUAGAGGACAUAUCAACCCAAGAAAGCAACAUAUUAGGGGCGUUCUGUGAUAUGAAUGAUGUAGAAGUACCAUUGCAUUUGCUUCGUUAUGUAUGUUUGUUUUGUGGGAAAAAUGGCCUUUCUCUCAUGAAGGAUUGUUUUGAAUUUGGAACUCCUGAAACUUUGCCAUUUCUUAUAGCACAUGCAUUUAUUACAGUUGUAUCUAAUAUUAGAAUAUGGCUACAUAUCCCUGCUGUCAUGCAGCACAUUAUCCCUUUUAGGACCUAUGUUAUCAGCAGGCUAACCUGCGUUCCUUUUCUUGGUGGUGGAAGAUUUGCCAGCAGGAGAGGGUAUUUAUGCAAGCUCUCUGAUCAAGAGUUAAGACAGAGUGCGGCUCGUAACAUGGCUGACUUAAUGUGGAGCACAGUGAAAGAACCAUUGGAUACAACUUUAUGCUUUGAUAAAGAAAGCCUAGAUCUUGCUUUUAAGUACUUUAUGUCACCUACUUUGACUAUGAGGUUGACUGGACUAAGUCAGAUAACGAAUCAACUUCACACCUUCAAUGAUGUGUGCAAUAAUGAAUCAUUGGUAUCAGACACAGAAACGUCCAUUGCAAAAGAACUUGCAGACUGGCUUAUAAGCAACAAUGUGGUAGAGCAUAUAUUUGGACCAAAUUUACAUAUUGAGAUUAUCAAACAGUGCCAGGUGAUUUUGAAUUUUUUGGCGGCAGAAGGACGACUGAGCACUCAGCAUAUUGACUGCAUUUGGGCUGCAGCACAGUUGAAACAUUGUAGUCGGUAUAUACAUGAUUUAUUUCCUUCACUUAUCAAGAAUUUGGAUCCAGUACCACUUAGACAUCUCCUUAAUUUGGUUUCAGCUCUUGAGCCAAGUGUUCAUACUGAACAGACAUUGUACUUGGCAUCAAUGUUAAUUAAAGCAUUAUGGAAUAAUGCAUUGGCAGCUAAAGCUCAGCUAUCAAAACAGAGUUCUUUUGCAUCUUUAUUAAAUACUAAUCUUCCCAUUGGAAAUAAGAAAGGGUCACCUGCAGCUAGUCCUCAAAGCAGUGAUAACAGUGAUACCCAUCAAAGUGGAGGCAGUGACAUUGAAAUGGACGAGCAACUUAUUAAUAGAACCAAACAUGUGCAACAGCGACUUUCAGACACAGAGGAGUCCAUGCAGGGAAGUUCUGAUGAAACUGCCAACAGUGGUGAAGAUGGAAGCAGUGGUCCUGGUAGCAGUAGUGGGCAUAGUGAUGGAUCUAGCAAUGAGGUGAAUUCUAGCCAUGCAAGCCAGUCAGCUGGGAGCCCUGGCAGUGAGGUACAGUCAGAAGACAUUGCAGAUAUUGAAGCCCUUAAAGAAGAAGAUGAAGAUGAUGAUCGUGGUCAUAAUCCUCCUAAAAACAGUUGUGGUACAGAUCCUCGGAACAGGAAGUUAGAAAGUCAAGCAGGCAUUUGCCUAGGGGAUUCCCAAGGCCCAUCAGAAAGAAGUGGGACAAGCAGUGGAACAGGAAAGGACCUGGUUUUUAACACUGAAUCAAUGCCAUCUGUAGAUAAUCGAAUACGAAUGCUAGAUGCCUGUUCACACUCUGAAGAUCCAGAACAUGAUAUUUCAGGGGAAAUGAAUGCUGCUCAUAUAGCACAAGAAUCUCAGGAAUCUUGUAUUACACGCACUGGGGACUUUCUUGGGGAGACUAUUGGGAAUGAAUUAUUUAAUUGUCGGCAGUUUAUUGGUCCACAGCAUCACCACCACCACCACCACCAUCACCACCACCAUGAUGGGCAUAUGGUUGAUGAUAUGCUAAGUGCAGAUGAUGUCAGUUGCAGUAGCUCCCAGGUCAGUGCAAAAUCAGAAAAAAAUAUGGCUGAUUUUGAUGGUGAAGAAUCUGGGUGUGAAGAGGAGCUAGUUCAGAUUAAUUCACAUGCAGAGCUAACAUCUCAUCUCCAACAACAUCUUCCCAAUUUAGCAUCUAUUUACCAUGAACAUCUUAGUCAAGGACCUGCAGUUCAUAAACAUCAAUUCAACAGUAAUGCUGUGACAGAUAUUAAUUUGGAUAAUGUUUGCAAGAAAGGAAACACUUUGUUGUGGGAUAUAGUCCAAGAUGAUGAUGCAGUUAAUCUUUCUGAAGGAUUAAUAAAUGAAGCAGAAAAACUUCUCUGUUCCUUAGUAUGUUGGUUUACGGAUAGACAGAUUCGAAUGAGAUUCAUUGAAGGUUGCCUUGAAAAUUUAGGAAACAACAGAUCAGUAGUAAUUUCACUUCGUCUUCUUCCAAAACUAUUUGGUACUUUUCAGCAGUUUGGGAGCAGUUAUGAUACACAUUGGAUUACAAUGUGGGCAGAAAAAGAACUGAAUAUGAUGAAGCUUUUCUUUGAUAAUUUAGUCUACUACAUUCAAGCUGUAAGAGAAGGAAGACAAAAACAUGCACUGUACAGCCAUAGUGCCGAAGUUCAAGUUCGACUUCAGUUCUUGACUUGUGUGUUUUCAACUCUGGGAUCACCUGAUCAUUUCAGGUUAAGUUUAGAGCAAGUUGACAUUUUAUGGCAUUGUUUAGUAGAAGAUUCUGAGUGUUAUGAUGAUGCACUUCAUUGGUUUUUGAAUCAAGUUCGAAGUAAAGAUCAGCAUGCUAUGGGAAUGGAAACCUACAAACAUCUUUUCCUGGAGAAGAUGCCCCAGCUAAAACCUGAAACGAUUAGCAUGACUGGCUUAAACCUGUUUCAACAUCUCUGUAACUUGGCUCGAUUGGCUACCAGUGCCUAUGAUGGUGGCUCAAACUCUGAGCUUUGUGGUAUGGACCAAUUUUGGGGCAUUGCUUUAAGAGCACAAUCUGGUGAUGUCAGUCGUGCAGCUAUCCAGUAUAUUAAUUCCUAUUAUAUUAAUGGUAAAACGGGUUUGGAGAAGGAACAAGAAUUUAUUAGUAAGUGUAUGGAGAGUCUUAUGAUAGCUUCUAGCAGUCUUGAACAGGAAUCACACUCCAGUCUCACUGUAAUAGAAAGAGGACUCCUUAUGCUGAAGACACAUCUGGAAGCAUUUAGGAGAAGGUUUGCCUAUCACCUCAGACAGUGGCAAAUUGAAGGCACUGGUAUUAGUAGUCAUUUGAAAGCACUGAGUGACAAACAGUCCCUUCCUCUAAGGGUUGUAUGCCAGCCAGCUGGACUUCCUGACAAGAUGACUAUUGAAAUGUAUCCUAGUGACCAGGUAGCAGAUCUUAGGGCUGAAGUAACUCAUUGGUAUGAAAAUUUACAGAAAGAACAAAUAAAUCAACAAGCUCAGCUUCAGGAGUUUGGUCAAAGCAGCCGAAAGGGAGAGUUUCCUGGAGGCCUCAUGGGACCUGUCAGGAUGAUUUCAUCUGGACAUGAAUUAACAACAGAUUAUGAUGAAAAAGCACUUCAUGAGCUUGGUUUUAAGGAUAUGCAGAUGGUAUUUGUAUCUUUGGGUGCACCAAGGAGAGAACGGAAAGGGGAAGGUGUUCAACUGCCAGCAUCUUGCCUACCACCCCCUCAGAAGGAUAACAUUCCGAUGCUUUUGCUUUUACAAGAACCUCAUUUAACUACUCUUUUUGAUUUAUUAGAGAUGCUUGCAUCAUUUAAACCACCCUCAGGAAAAGUGGUAGUGGAAGACAGUGAGCGUUUAAGAUGUGAAGAACUUCAUCUUCAUGCAGAAAACCUCUCUAGGCGUGUAUGGGAGCUGCUGAUGCUUCUUCCUACAUGUCCUAACAUGCUGAUGGCAUUCCAGAAUAUUUCAGAUGAACAGGGUAAUGAUGGACUUAAUUGGAAAGAACUUCUCAAAAUUAAGAGUGCUCACAAGCUGUUAUAUGCCCUAGAAAUUAUUGAAGCACUGGGAAAACCUAACAGAAGAAUAAGGAGAGAGUCAACGGGAAGUUACAGUGAUCUUUAUCCAGAUUCAGAUGAUUCAAGUGAGGAUCAAGUGGAAAAUAGUAAAAAUUCCUGGAGUUGCAAGUUUGUUGCUGCUGGAGGCCUUCAGCAGCUGCUGGAAAUUUUUAAUUCUGGAAUUCUGGAGCCCAAAGAGCAAGAAUCCUGGACUGUGUGGCAGCUAGACUGUCUUGCUUGCUUGCUGAAGUUAAUAUGCCAGUUUGCAGUUGAUCCGUCCGAUUUGGAUUUAGCAUAUCAUGAUGUCUUUGCCUGGUCUGGUAUAGCAGAAAGCCAUAGGAAAAGAACCUGGCCAGGUAAAUCAAGAAAGGCUGCUGGUGAUCAUGCCAAGGGUCUUCAUAUACCAAGAUUAACAGAGGUAUUUCUUGUUCUUGUGCAAGGAACCAGUUUGAUUCAGCGACUUAUGUCUGUUGCUUAUACAUAUGAUAAUCUGGCUCCUAGAGUUUUGAAAGCUCAGUCUGAUCACAGGUCUAGACAUGAAGUUUCACAUUAUUCGAUGUGGCUCUUGGUGAGUUGGGCUCAUUGCUGUUCUUUAGUGAAAUCUAGCCUUGCUGACAGUGAUCAUUUACAAGACUGGCUAAAGAAAUUGACCCUCCUUAUUCCUGAGACUGCAGUCCGUCAUGAGUCUUGCAAUGGUCUUUAUAAGUUAUCUCUGUCAGGGCUGGAUGGAGGAGACUCAAUCAAUCGCUCUUUUCUGCUAUUGGCUGCCUCAACAUUGUUGAAAUUUCUUCCUGAUGCUCAAGCACUAAAACCUAUCAGGAUAGAUGAUUAUGAGGAAGAACCAAUGUUAAAACCUGGAUGUAAGGAGUAUUUUUGGUUGUUGUGCAAAUUAGUUGACAACAUACAUAUAAAGGACGCUAGCCAGACAACACUCCUCGACCUAGAUGCAUUGGCACGGCAUUUGGCUGAUUGUAUUCGAAGCAGGGAGAUCCUUGAUCAUCAAGAUGGUAAUAUUGAAGAUGAUGGGCUUACAGGACUCCUAAGGCUUGCAACAAGUGUUAUUAAACACAAACCACCCUUUAAAUUUUCAAGGGAAGGACAGGAAUUUUUAAGAGAUAUCUUCAAUCUUCUGUUUUUGUUGCCUAGUCUGAAAGAUAGACAACAGCCAAAGUGCAAGUCACAUUCUUCAAGAGCUGCUGCUUAUGAUCUGUUAGUAGAAAUGGUAAAGGGAUCUGUUGAGAACUACAGGCUAAUACACAAUUGGGUUAUGGCACAACACAUGCAGUCAGCUCAUGCACCUUACAAAUGGGACUACUGGCCUCAUGAAGAUGUCCGUGCUGAAUGUAGAUUUGUUGGCCUCACUAACCUUGGAGCUACUUGUUACUUGGCUUCCACAAUUCAGCAACUUUAUAUGAUACCUGAGGCAAGACAGGCUGUCUUCACUGCUAAGUAUUCAGAAGAUAUGAAGCACAAGACCACUCUUCUGGAGCUUCAAAAAAUGUUUACAUAUUUAAUGGAGAGUGAAUGUAAAGCAUAUAACCCUAGACCCUUCUGUAAGACAUACACCAUGGAUAAGCAGCCUCUGAAUACUGGGGAGCAGAAAGAUAUGACAGAGUUUUUUACUGAUCUGAUUACCAAAAUUGAAGAAAUGUCUCCAGAACUGAAAAAUACCGUCAAAAGUUUGUUUGGAGGUGUAAUUACAAACAAUGUUGUGUCCUUGGAUUGUGAACACGUUAGUCAGACUGCUGAAGAGUUUUAUACUGUGAGGUGCCAGGUGGCUGACAUGAAGAACAUUUAUGAAUCUCUUGAUGAAGUUACCAUUAAAGACACUUUAGAAGGAGACAACAUGUAUACUUGCUCUCAUUGUGGGAAGAAAGUACGAGCUGAAAAAAGAGCAUGUUUUAAGAAAUUGCCUCGCAUUCUGAGUUUCAAUACGAUGAGAUAUACAUUUAAUAUGGUCACGAUGAUGAAAGAGAAAGUGAACACACACUUUUCCUUCCCACUGCGUUUGGAUAUGACACCCUAUACGGAAGAUUUUCUUAUGGGAAAGAGUGACAGAAAAGAAGGUUUUAAGGAAGUCAGUGAUCAUUCAAAAGACACAGAGAGCUAUGAGUAUGACUUAAUAGGAGUGACUGUUCAUACAGGAACAGCAGAUGGUGGGCACUAUUAUAGCUUCAUCAGAGAUAUAGUCAAUCCACAUGCUUAUAAAAACAAUAAAUGGUAUCUUUUUAAUGAUGCUGAGGUAAAACCUUUUGAUUCUGCUCAACUGGCUUCUGAAUGUUUUGGUGGAGAGAUGACAACCAAGACUUAUGAUUCUGUUACAGAUAAAUUUAUGGAUUUCUCCUUUGAAAAGACACACAGUGCAUAUAUGCUGUUUUACAAGCGCAUGGAACCAGAGGAAGAAAAUGGCAAAGAAUACAAAUUUGAUGUUUCAUCAGAGUUACUAGAGUGGAUUUGGCAUGAUAACAUGCAGUUUCUCCAAGACAAAAAUAUUUUUGAACAUACAUAUUUUGGGUUUAUGUGGCAGUUGUGUAGCUGUAUUCCCAGUACAUUACCAGAUCCUAAAGCUGUGUCCCUAAUGACAGCAAAGUUAAGCACUUCCUUCGUCCUAGAGACAUUUAUUCAUUCAAAAGAAAAGCCCACAAUGCUUCAGUGGAUUGAACUAUUAACCAAACAAUUUAAUAACAGUCAAGCAGCUUGUGAGUGGUUUUUAGACCGCAUGGCUGAUGAUGACUGGUGGCCAAUGCAGAUACUAAUUAAGUGCCCUAAUCAAAUUGUAAGACAGAUGUUUCAGCGUUUGUGCAUCCAUGUGAUUCAGAGACUUAGACCUGUGCAUGCUCAUCUCUAUCUGCAGCCAGGAAUGGAAGAUGGGUCAGAUGAUAUGGAUGCCUCAGUAGAAGACAUUGGUGGUCGUUCAUGUGUCACUCGAUUUGUGAGAACUCUGUUAUUAAUUAUGGAACAUGGUGUAAAACCUCACAGUAAACAUCUUACGGAGUAUUUUGCCUUUCUUUACGAAUUUGCCAAAAUGGGUGAAGAAGAGAGCCAGUUUUUGCUUUCAUUGCAAGCCAUAUCUACAAUGGUACAUUUUUACAUGGGAACCAAAGGGCCUGAAAAUCCUCAAGUUGAAGUAUUGUCAGAGGAAGAAGGGGAAGAAGAGGAGGAGGAAGAAGAUAUCCUUUCCCUGGCAGAAGAAAAAUACAGGCCAGCUGCCCUUGAAAAAAUGAUAGCUUUAGUUGCUCUUUUGGUUGAACAGUCUCGCUCAGAAAGGCAUUUGACAUUAUCACAGACUGACAUGGCAGCAUUAACAGGAGGAAAGGGAUUUCCCUUCUUGUUUCAACACAUUCGUGAUGGCAUCAAUAUAAGACAAACUUGUAAUCUGAUUUUCAGUCUAUGUCGAUACAAUAAUCGACUUGCAGAACAUAUUGUAUCCAUGCUUUUCACAUCAAUAGCUAAGUUGACUCCUGAGGCAGCCAAUCCUUUCUUUAAGUUGUUGACUAUGCUAAUGGAGUUCGCUGGCGGACCUCCAGGAAUGCCUCCCUUUGCAUCUUAUAUUCUACAGAGGAUAUGGGAGGUAAUUGAAUACAAUCCUUCUCAAUGUCUGGAUUGGUUGGCAGUGCAGACACCCCGAAAUAAACUGGCACACAGCUGGGUCCUACAGAAUAUGGAAAACUGGGUCGAGCGGUUUCUUUUGGCUCACAAUUAUCCUAGAGUCAGGACUUCUGCAGCUUAUCUUCUGGUGUCCCUUAUACCAAGCAAUUCAUUCCGCCAGAUGUUCCGGUCAACAAGGUCUUUGCACAUCCCAACCCGUGACCUUCCACUCAGUCCAGACACAACAGUAGUCCUACAUCAGGUCUACAACGUGCUCCUUGGUUUGCUCUCAAGAGCCAAACUUUAUGUUGAUGCUGCUGUUCAUGGCACUACAAAGCUAGUGCCCUAUUUUAGCUUUAUGACUUACUGUUUAAUAUCCAAAACUGAGAAGCUGAUGUUUUCCACUUAUUUCAUGGAUUUGUGGAACCUUUUCCAGCCUAAACUUUCUGAGCCAGCAAUAGCUACAAAUCACAAUAAACAGGCUUUGCUUUCAUUUUGGUACAAUGUGUGUGCUGACUGUCCAGAGAAUAUCCGCCUUAUUGUUCAAAACCCAGUGGUAACCAAGAACAUUGCCUUCAAUUACAUCCUUGCUGACCAUGAUGAUCAGGAUGUGGUGCUUUUUAACCGUGGGAUGCUGCCUGCCUACUACGGCAUCCUGAGGCUCUGCUGUGAGCAGUCUCCCACGUUCACACGACAACUGGCUUCUCACCAGAACAUCCAGUGGGCCUUUAAGAAUCUUACACCACAUGCCAGCCAAUACCCUGGAGCAGUGGAAGAACUAUUUAACCUGAUGCAGCUAUUUAUAGCUCAGAGGCCAGAUAUGAGGGAAGAAGAAUUAGAAGAUAUUAAGCAGUUUAAGAAAACAACUAUAAGUUGUUACUUACGUUGUUUAGAUGGCCGCUCCUGCUGGACUACUUUAAUAAGUGCCUUCAGAAUACUAUUAGAAUCUGAUGAAGAUAGACUUCUUGUUGUAUUUAAUCGAGGGUUGAUCCUGAUGACUGAGUCUUUCAAUACACUGCACAUGAUGUAUCAUGAAGCCACAGCUUGCCAUGUGACUGGAGACUUAGUAGAACUUCUAUCAAUAUUUCUUUCGGUUUUGAAGUCUACACGCCCAUAUCUUCAGAGAAAAGAUGUGAAACAAGCAUUAAUCCAGUGGCAGGAGCGAAUUGAAUUUGCUCAUAAACUGUUAACUCUUCUGAAUUCCUAUAGCCCUCCAGAACUUAGAAAUGCCUGUAUAGAUGUCCUCAAAGAACUUGUGCUUUUGAGUCCCCAUGACUUUCUUCACACUCUGGUUCCAUUUCUGCAACACAACCAUUGUACUUACCAUCACAGUAAUAUACCAAUGUCUCUUGGACCUUAUUUCCCUUGUCGAGAAAAUAUCAAGCUAAUAGGAGGGAAAAGCAAUAUUCGGCCUCCGCGCCCUGAACUCAAUAUGUGCCUCUUGCCCACAAUGGUGGAAACCAGUAAGGGCAAAGAUGACGUUUAUGAUCGUAUGCUGCUAGACUACUUCUUUUCUUAUCAUCAAUUCAUCCAUCUAUUAUGCCGAGUUGCAAUCAACUGUGAAAAAUUUACUGAAACAUUAGUUAAGCUGAGUGUCCUAGUUGCCUAUGAAGGUUUGCCACUUCAUCUUGCACUGUUCCCCAAACUUUGGACUGAGCUAUGCCAGACUCAGUCUGCGAUGUCAAAAAACUGCAUCAAGCUUUUAUGUGAAGAUCCCGUGUUUGCAGAAUAUAUAAAAUGUAUCCUAAUGGAUGAAAGAACCUUUCUAAACAACAACAUUGUCUACACAUUCAUGACACAUUUUCUUCUAAAGGUUCAAGGUCAAGUGUUUUCGGAAGCAAACUGUGCCAAUUUGAUCAGCACCCUUAUUACAAACUUGAUAAAUCAGUAUCAGAAUCUGCAAUCUGAUUUCACCAACAGAGUUGAAAUUUCCAAAGCAAGUGCUUCUUUAAAUGGGGACCUGAGGGCACUUGCGUUGCUCCUGUCAGUACACACUCCCAAGCAGUUAAACCCAGCUCUAGUUCCAACUCUGCAAGAGCUUUUAAGCAAAUGCAGGACUUGUCUGCAACAGAGAAACUCUCUCCAAGAGCAAGAAGCCAAAGAAAGAAAAACUAAAGAUGACGAAGGGGCGACUCCUGUGAAAAGAAGGCGCGUUAGCAGUGACGAGGAGCACACUGGAGACGGCUGCAUCAGCGACAUGAAAACGGAAACCAGGGACGUCCUGACCCCAACAAGCACUUCAGACAAUGAGACAAGAGACUCCUCAAUUAUCGAUCCAGGAACUGAGCAAGAUCCUCCUUCCCCUGAAAAUAGUUCUGUUAAAGAGUACCAAAUGGAUGUUCCAUCUUCGUUUUCAGAAGACAUAUCAAAUAUCAGGUCACAGCAUGCAGAAGAGCAGUCCAGUGAUGGUAGAUUUGAAGACUGUAAAGAAUUUAAAGACCUUCACUGUUCCAAGGAUUCUAACAUAGCUGAGGAAGAAUCAGAGUUCCCUUCUACUUCACUCUCUGCAGUUCUGUCUGACUUAGCUGACUUGAGAAGCUGUGAUGGUCAAGCUUUGCCCUCCCAGGACCCUGAGGCUGCUUUAUCACUCAGUUGUGGCCAUUCCAGAGGACUCUUUAGUCAGAUGCAGCAACACGACAUUUUAGAUACCCUGUGUAGGACCAUUGAAUCCACAAUCCAUGUGGUCACAAGGAUAUCUGGCAAAGGAAACCAAGCUGCUUCUUGACAUUAGACGUAGCAUGUCUACUUUUAAGGUUCCCCUUCCCCCAAUGCUGUUUGUAUAAGUUUUGCUUAUUUCUGUUUUUGUGCUUCAGUUUGUCCAGUGCUCUCUGCUUGAAUGGCAAGAUAGAUUUAUAGGCUUAAUUCUUGGUCAGGCAGAACUCCAGAUUUAAAAAAUUUGCAUUUCUCUCUUCAAUAUACUUCCUAAAGGGCAAUCAGAUAGUGGGUAUGUUUUAUGUAAUGAAGAGUUCACUGUAGUGGCUUUCAUUUAAUACAGCUGUUUGGGAGGAGCAGGGUUCCCUGGCCCUGUACAAUGUAAUUUAAACUUACAGCAUUUUUACUGUGUAUAAUAUGGUGUCCUCUGUGCCAGUUUUGUACCUUAUAAUAGAGGCAGAUUGCCUCCGAUCGCUGUGGUUCUUAUUAUCAAAAUUAAGUUUACUUGUAUACGGAACAACCACAAGAAAUUUGAUUCUGUAAAGAAUCCUCUUUAGCUGUGGCCUGGCAGUAUAUAAAUGGUGCUUUAUUUAACAGAAUACCUGUGGAGGAAAUAAAGCACACUUGAUGUAAAAAUAAUUGUUUUAUUUUUAUUGACAUGACUGAUUGCUAUUCUGUGCACUUAAUUAAACUGAUUGUGAUGACUUUUCA